UGAAAAUGCUGCCCAAGAACCAAAGAAAAUCACCUAUUCCCAAAUUGUUAGAGAAGGCAGAAGGUUUAAUAUUGAUUUGGUUUCUAAGCUGCUCUACUCCCGGGGCCUGUUCAUUGACCUCCUCAUCAAGUCCAACGUGAGCAGAUACGCCGAGUUCAAAAACGCCACGCGGGUUCUCGCCUUCCGCCAGGGCAGAGUGGAGCAGGUGCCUUGUUCUAGAGCAGAUGUCUUCAACAGCAGACAGCUGACCAUGGUGGAGAAGAGAAUGCUCAUGAAAUUUCUGACAUUUUGUUUGGACUAUGAACAGCACCCUGAGGAAUACCAAGAGCACGAGUCCAGCACGUUUGCUGAGUUCCUGCAGACACGGAAGCUGACCCCCAGCCUGCAGCACUUCAUCCUUCACUCCAUUGCAAUGGUGGCAGAGACUGACAGCAGCACUCUGGAAGGGCUUCAGGCAACAAAAAAAUUCCUGCAGUGCCUUGGCCGCUACGGCAACACCCCGUUCCUGUUCCCUCUGUACGGGCAGGGAGAGAUCCCCCAGUGCUUCUGCAGGCUGUGUGCUGUGUUUGGGGGGAUCUACUGCCUCCGUCACGCCGUGCGCUGCCUGGUGCUGGACAGAGCCUCGGGCCGGUGCAAAGCUAUUGUGGAUCAAUUUGGACAAAGAAUUAGUGCCAACUAUUUUAUUGUGGAAGACAGUUACCUCUCAGAGAGCACAUGCACCAAUGUGUGUUACAGGCAGAUCUCCAGGGCAGUCCUCAUUACAGAUCAGUCUGUAUUGAACACAGACUCAGAGCAGCAGGUGUCCAUCCUGACGGUGCCUCCCCUGGAGCCGGGCAGAGCAGCCGUUCGUGUCAUCGAGCUCUGCUCCUCCACCAUGACGUGCAUGAAGGACACCUAUUUAGUCCAUCUAACCUGUCCAUCAACUAAAACUGCAAGGGAAGAUUUAGAGCCUGUUGUACAGAAGUUAUUCAAUCUAAAUACAGAAAAAGAGACUGAAAAUGAAGAACUGCAGAAACCCAGAGUCCUCUGGGCAGUCUACUUCAACAUGAGAGAUUCCUCAGGAGUUGAGAGGAGUUCCUAUGCUGGCUUGCCCUCCAAUGUUUAUGUCUGCUCUGGGCCAGACUCUGCUUUGGGGAAUGACUGUGCUGUCAAACAGGCUGAGACUAUUUUCAGAGAAAUGUUUCCAGCAGAGGAGUUUUGCCCCCCACCACCGAAUCCAGAAGAUAUUAUUUAUGAUGAAGAUGAGAUUGAGCCAGAAGAGUCUGAAUUGAAUAAUUCACCAGAGACAAAGCCUGAAACCUCAGCUGAGGAGAGCAGUAGUGAGGGUGGUGCUGCUGUUACAAAGGAAGAAUGAAUGAAUGAGUGAAUGAAUGAAUGAACAGUGUUCUCUUAGGAGAAGAGCAGGUAGACCCAAACUAGGACAUAAGGGAGGAAGGGUAAGAAAAAGAGGUUUAAAACCCCCAUAGAUGUGUUAUUUGACAUUGCCUUACUUUCCUUAGCUUGGAUCAUUUUUUAAAGUUGUUUCAUUAGUAGCUGAGACACUUCUAAACAGUCACAGGUCCACCAGAUCCAGUGGGGUUUGUAGCUAAACAGAAAUACAGAAUGAGGCAUCUGAAUUGAAAGUGCUAAAAUAGGAUUCAUGAUUUAUUGAGAUAAUUUGGUUUUGUUUUACAUCUUGGAAAGAAUCCUCCAUCUUUUAAAGAAGAAGUCAAAACUAAGCAAAAAGAAAAAAGUGCAAGUUUGUUUGCCAGUUAGAAAAUGAUUUCUACUAAAAAUCCUUGGAUCUCUGCUAAUUAAGCAGCUGAAGGUGAGGCUCACCAUCUGUCCUUCACAGUGGCCUUAUGAAUGGAAUUUAAAGGCAAUAAUAUUGACAGUUCUGCAGUGGCUUUAUUGUAUGGUUUGGAAACUGAUGCCAUAAUCAAGUAGGAAAUAUAAUCCAGCAGAUGUUCCUCACAUGGGAUUAUUUUACAUUCAGUUUUUUUUAGUAAGACCUAACAGAUGACACAUUUUCUCCAGUGAUUUCAUUUACUGGAGUCAGGAAAAUGGCAGAAUUUAAACUUAAUGGCAGAUUUCCCAGCAGAAUUCAGUCAUAAAUGGAGCAUUCCUGUUCUUAGUCUCCCUGGAUUUGUUGCACAGUUUGGGCUUUUAGUAAGCCAAUAGUUAUUUUUUGAAGUUUAGGGUCUGAGAAGUUUAAAUGACCAUCAGCUGAGGGGGUGUGUGGUGGAGAGAAGGUUCAACUGAUAAUUCCAAAGGUUUGUAUUGAUCCCAGUUAAUAGAUUAAAGUUAGUGUAAACUAUGCAUUUUGUAAUGAUAAACCAUGAAGCAUUUAUACAAUAAAAUGUAUUGAACUAUUUAUAAACCUAGUUUGUAUGAAAAAAACUACCAAAUGAGAAAGCUGCUGUAAAUGACCAUGUUUAACUUGCACUUCUUCUGAACCAUGCUUGAAAUCAGAUCUGAAAAGUAUUUCUCAUGUACUUAAUUAUUUACUUUAAAAUGCACACCCAGUAGAUCAGUAGUAUCUCUAGAGUUGAUGAGUUGGGGUUUAAACUUCUUCAUGAGGGUAGAGCCAGUUCCAGGAGUGCUUAAAUACUGUAAGUAAAUCAAAAAUGCCAUUGAGUCCUGACCAUUGAGCUCUGCCUGGCCCUGCCACAGCCAGGCUGCUGUACAGCCCUGUGGUGCCUGUGCCUGCCCUGAGCCUGGCUCCAGGCCAGCAAGGGGAAUUGAUUUAUUUUUUUACAGCAUAACUGAUACUGUUCUCUUUGUCCUGCAUGGUGCCCACUGUCCAGUCUGCAUUUCAGGGUUAGUGUUUGCUCCUGUGUUGGGUAGGUACUGGUGUGUGUGUGUGUGUGUGUCUGUGUGUGCAUAAUCCAGAGUGCUGACACAAACAUGUGGCUGGAAUGGUCCCAGUGUUCAGCAGCUGUAACCUCUGGAUGCUUGUGAUUGAGCAGUUAUUUAUAUAUAUAAAUAUAUCUAUUAAUGAGCAGGCUGCCUCUUCAUUUAGCUGUAAUUUCUCUGUAUUGGGAAGCAUGGGGGUGUAUGAUUUUAUUUAACAUCUGCAGAUCUGUGAAAGAGCUGACUGGAGGGACCCAUCCCUGUCUCACAAAAACAGGGAUCAUAGCUGAAUCUCUCAUCUGUGUUUACAAGGAAAUCUCUUGAUGAAAAUUAAAGGUUUGCUUGCAAGUUC